CGCUCCUUGCACGAAAACCUAUAUGUUCUUCAGUUAAUUACACGUAGACAAAGGGUAAAUUGCGCUGUCGUGGAUAUGGUUAGAAUGGAGCGCGCAGCACAUUAGUGUUGCAACCGCUCAAUAAUACACUUUUUGUGGACACUAAAUUUAUGCAACUAGGGCUCUACAUUGGCCGUAUCGGGAAUCGAACCUGAAACUAAUCCUCAAAUAUUUCGGCCGUCUUUGCGAGUUUAUUUACCAGGAUUGUCUAAUUAGACAUUUUACUGUAAUAUGAAACUCUCUGAAGAAAAUCUUAAUCUAUUUGUAACCUUUCUGACAGGAGGAAGACGAUUUUCGUCAUUUUCAGCUUCUCUGUUUUUCUUCUCAGAUUGUAAAUUUGAACCGUGCGACUUGCUAUGGUCUUAGUUUCGCGUAACAUCGCACUGAAACGGAACGCUGUGCGUCCGUCUGGGUGUGCUGAAUCUUCUAUGAGGCUAUAUUUAGCAAAGGGAGUUUUGGUUUUUACUGAAACGGAAAAGAAUAGCAAAUGAUUGUUGACAAUUUGUGUGGAACAGGGGAAAUCGAGCUGGCUUUCCUACUUUCAAAUAAAACUAACAAUCUGAACGUUUUCACUCAUUUGGAGUUGAAAAACAGUAUAAAUGAUGAAAACUAUGGAUGUCCCAAUUGAGCGAAAGCUCAGUUUAAUGGAGGAAAUGCUCGUCGAUUCAAUCAAUAAGUACGAUUAUCGAUCCAGUAAUGCCCCUCCUACAUUGCCUCGGCGACCGACUUCGAAAGGAAGGCUUCCUUCAGCAAUCAGAACAGGAAAUGUUUUACAGACACAGAUUAAUCUUAAUAAUGGCAAAGAUCAGAGCCGAUCCGCGUCUUCAAAUUUGUUUUCCAAGAAGAUUCCUGAUGAAAAGACAGCAAAUUCUGUACCAGGUGAUAGAAAUCAUUGCUAUGCAGAGGUUAAUAGAAACUAUGUCAAAUCUAUUAAUAGUGUAAGGGCUGGAAGCAAUCGUGAAUCUGAUCUGGAGACGGUUUGCAAUGGCAAUACUCCAAAUAAAAGUGGGCUUAAGACGGCCAAUGAGGGAAGUUCUACUGAAUCACCAUACAAUAAAAAUGAAGAUUCAUCAGAGCGUUCUGGUGAAAGUGAUGGUUCAGAUGCUGGUGAUUUGUCCACCGUAUCUGCAGAUGACCAUGGAGACCGCAAAUGGGUAGAGGACAUGUCUGGCAUACAAAAGAAAUCUCGUGUUUGGUGCACGCUUUCAGAAAAUGACUGGAAAUUAGGGGCGAUCCAAUCAAGCAAUGAGACUGAAUCUGAUGUUCUCCUUUUAGAUGGCAACAUUGUCAAGAUAUCAACUGACAAGUUAUUACCUGCAAAUCCAGACAUUCUUGAAGGUGUGGAUGAUUUGAUACAAUUGAGUUACUUGAAUGAGCCAUCAGUCCUGCAUAAUCUUCAAUACCGAUAUGCUCAAGAUAUGAUUUAUACUAAGGCAGGACCAGUUUUGGUUGCUAUAAAUCCAUUCAAAGAUGUCUGUCUCUAUGGGAAGGAGUUUAUCAGGGACUACAGACUGAAAGUUACUGAGAAUCCACAUGUAUACAUGAUGGCAGAUGCUGCCUUUGGAGCAAUGGUGAGGGAUGGCGUAAAUCAGUCUAUUAUUAUAAGUGGUGAAAGUGGUGCAGGGAAAACAGAAACAGCAAAAAUAGCAAUGCAGUAUCUGGCAGCUCUUGGAGGUGGUAAUGGAAUAGAGGAUGAAAUUUUACAGACAAAUCCAAUACUUGAAGCAUUUGGCAAUGCAAAAACAUCAAGAAAUGAUAAUUCGAGUCGAUUUGGCAAGCUAAUUGACAUCCAUUUUGGUAAUUCUGGAAAAAUUUGCGGUGCAAAGAUUCAAACCUACUUGCUUGAAAAGUCAAGAGUUGUGCAACAGUCUCAAGGCGAACGGUCGUAUCAUAUAUUUUACCAGCUUUGUGCUGGGGCUUCACCUGAUUUGCGAGAGCAAUUGAAUUUAAAGCCAGCUGAGGAGUAUUCGUACCUGAACCAGAGUAACUGUCUGACAAUUGAUGAAGUUGAUGAUGCACAGAGGUUUAAGAGUAUUCUUGAAGCUUUGAAUGUUGUCCAGAUCAGUAUAGAUGAUCAGAAAAAUAUGUUUGCAAUGCUUGCAGCAGUAUUAUGGUUGGGAAAUGUCAAAUUUUCUGUGAUUGAUAAUGAAAAUCAUGUGGAAGUUGAGAAUUCUGAAGGAGUUAAAAAUGCCGCAACAUUGCUAGGUUGUAAUGUUUUAGAGCUCAUGAAAGCAUUAUCUACCCGCAAGAUUCGUGCUGGAAAUGAGAAUAUUGAGCAAAAGCUAACUUUGUCUCAGGCAGUAGAUACACGAGAUGCAUUGGCAAAGGCAAUCUAUGCAAGUUUGUUUGACUGGCUGGUAGAACAUAUUAACAAGUCACUGGAAGCAGGCAAACGCCGUACAGGCAGAUCCAUCAGUAUCCUGGAUAUUUAUGGCUUUGAGUCUUUUAAAAGGAAUAGUUUUGAGCAGCUCUGCAUAAAUUAUGCAAACGAAAGGCUUCAGCAACAUUUCAAUCGCCAUCUAUUCAAGCUAGAACAAGAGGAAUAUAGCCUGGAUGGCAUUGACUGGACAAGAGUGGAAUUUGAAGACAACCAGGAGUGUUUAGAUCUUAUUGAAAAGAGACCAUUAGGUUUACUUUCCUUGUUGGAUGAGGAGUGCACAUUCCCCAAGGGAACUGAUUUAACUUUGGCUAAUAAACUUAAGCAGCAUUUAAAUGGGAACUCUUGCUUCAAAGGAGAAAGAGGCAGUGCAUUCGGUGUCUGCCAUUAUGCUGGGGAGGUUGUAUAUGAUACAACUACGUUUUUGGAAAAAAAUAGAGACUUGCUGCAUUCUGAUUUGAUUCAGCUUAUGUCUUCAUGCACUGGUCUGCCACAAUUAUUUGCAGCCAAUUUCAGUAAAGGACCACAAAUUCUAACUCCUAGAGGUCGAGCAAAUGGUGCCGACUCUCAGAGACAAAGUGUUGCAACCAAAUUUAAGGGACAACUUUUCAAGCUGAUGCAAAGACUGGAAAAUACUUCACCUCAUUUCAUUCGAUGCAUCAAGCCAAACAAACUGCAACUUCCUGGUGUCUAUGAGCAAGGACUUGUCUUACAGCAGUUGCGCUGCUGUGGAGUAUUGGAAGUAGUACGAAUAUCCCGUUCAGGUUAUCCCACUCGAAUGUCACACCAGCAAUUUGCAAAAAGAUAUGGGUUUCUGUUGCCACCUAACGUUGCUGCUCAAGAGGUACUUAGUGUCUCUGUGGCAAUCCUUCACCAGUUCAAUAUCUUGCCUGAGAUGUACCAAGUUGGUUUCACAAAGUUAUUUUUCCGGACAGGACAGAUUGGCAAACUGGAAGACACACGUACUCGAACUCUUAAUGGCAUUCUUGGAGUUCAAAAAGUUUUCAGGGGAUAUAGAGCUCGUUGCCAAUUUAAAGAACUCAAAAGAGGAAUUGUAUUCUUGCAAUCAUUUAUACGAGGUGCACAAUCAAGAAAACAAUAUGAAUUAUUGAUGGAGAGACGCAAGGCAGUUAUCACAAUACAAAAGGAAUUAAGGUCCAUGACAGCUAGAAGGAAAUAUUUAACUACUCGAAAAAUGGUGAUUCUUGUUCAAGCAGUAUUGCGUGGCUGGCUUGCAAGAAGACAAAUACAAAUAAUGCGACAACAAUUGCAUGAAGAAGCCUUUUCUUUAAAAGUUGAUGUGGAGAAACCUGUUGCUGAUCUCAUCUUUGACAGAAAUUAUGAAGUCAUUGACAAGGAGUUGCAACUGGUGGAAAGGGCUAAUAGCUUGCCAAAGACAAAUAGAAGGUUAUCCAUGCAGGGGUCAAAGCAUUCCCACAAGUCUGAAUGGCUUUUGUGUGAGAAGGAUUCUGAAGUCGAAGGCACAAUCAAGGUUCAAGUAUCAUACCUUGCAGAGCUUCAAAGGCGUGUUCAUGAAGCAGAGAUGUCUUUGAGAGAGAAGGAAGAUGCUAAUGCUCUCUUGCAACAAAGGUUACAGCAGUAUGAAGCUAGAUGGUCGGAGUAUGAGGUCAAAAUGACUUCUAUGGAGGACAUGUGGCAGAAACAGAUGAGAUCAUUACAACUGAGCCUUGUUGCAGCUAAGAAAAGUCUUGUCGAGGAUUCUUUGAUUCCGCCGACAAAACAGGGUGAUGUCAUAAGUAAUCAGAUGACAGUUUCACAGAAUCAUGUAGUUAAAUCCACUUUGCCGCCUGAUGAUGAUGAAUUUGAUUGGGAUGAAGCUGCUUCAAUCGGAACGAAGACACCUGAUUAUAAGUUUCCCACUCAUAAUUUUGAUAAUGGGCUGGCAAGGGAACUGGAUGCAGGGAGGUCUGUUGUUGGCCACAUGGUUAAGGAGUUUGAGCAUAGAACUCAAGUUUUUAACGAUGAUGCUAACUUUUUGGUGGAGGUGAAGUCUGGUCAGGCAGAAGCAAAUCUUAACCCUGAUGAAGAACUUAGGAAGCUGAAACAGAGAUUUGAUGUCUGGAAAAAGGAUUAUAAAUUUCGAUUACGUGAGACAAAGGGAAUUCUACACAAGAUUGGAGGUGUAGAUUCAGUUGUGGAAAAGACGAAGAAAAAAUGGUGGGGAAAGAAGAGUAGCUAACAAUGUUUAUAUUCUUUGGCAUCAUGCAAAGGAAUCUGGCAUUAAUUAUUUUAUCUUAUGCUUUGUUCUCUGUGGCAUCAUGCAAAGGAAUCUGGCAUUAAUUAUUUUAUCUUAUGCUUUGUUCUCUGUACAUACCCUAGCCUUGGUAUAUAUCAUUUACUUGCUUGGCCUCUGACCUGAAAAGUGGCUUAAAUUUAACUCUCUAGUGCAUAAUCAGGAUGAAUGCCAAGUGACAGAAAAUGAUGUACAUAAAGGCUUCCGUCCAGAGUAAUUUGAUGAGCUUUGAUACAGAUCUGAGAAUCAUAUAGCAGCAGGUGUAAGUCUCGACCCUCAAUCCAUUUUAUCAGGAUGAACUUCAGCUUUAAAGCAUAAGCAGAAGGUGAUAUUGUAAAAGUUUGAAAGCGAGAUCUGAAGUCUUGCAAUUUUGUAAAACCUGAAGUUUGAAGGCGAGAUCAGGUUCAUGGUCAUGAGCUAUGUAUUAUGCAUAUAUUGGAGAGUGCUGCUUUCUCUAGCAUUUGGGUUUUGCUGCCUUUGUAGGCAUUUCUAAAUUUUGAUGACGCCUGGCAUUGAACCAUUAAAGGAAUGCUGGCGGUUGUUCCAUGAAACAUUCUUUGUUCUCCUAGUCUAGGCUAAAGAACAGUUUACAGAUAUGUACGAGAGUUGUAAUUUAUAAGCACAAUGAUGUGCAUAUUCCUUUAA